CCUAUCUUCACCGUUUCAGGCACCGCGUUGUCCGGCACGGUCGCAUAGCGCACAGCUCGCCAAUUGCAGGAGCUCGUGUCCGCAUUAUCUAUAUUCUUGUGCUUGACAGCUCCGGUCGGCAAGCGGCGGAAUCCAAUCGGCCUGCGUGUACAGCUCGCAGGGUUCGCACAACAUGGAGACCAACUCCCACAGCUUCGCGUCGCCGCUCGCUAGCGUUCGAGCCAGCAACUUGCCCAUUCCGUCCCAACUCGAGACUGUCGUUGAUGCCGUUAGCAAUGCGAGCCCAUGGACCAUCGCAUUUACCAUUUUGGCAGUCCUUGUCGCUUAUGACCAGAUCAUAUACCUUAUAAACAAAGGCAACAUUGUCGGCCCAGCCUUCAAGAUACCCUUUAUUGGACCAUUCUUGGAAUCGGUCAACCCUAAAUUUGAGGAAUAUUACGCCAAAUGGACAAGCGGCCCCCUCAGUUGCGUGUCCGUCUUUCACAAGUUCGUUGUGAUUGCCUCGACCCGUGAUUUGGCCAGGAAAGUGUUCAACUCCCCAACCUAUGUAAAGCCCUGCGUCGUGGAUGUCGCUCAUAAGCUCCUGGGAAAGGAGAACUUUGUCUUUAUGGAUGGAAAGCCACAUGUGGAUUUCCGCAAGGGCCUCAACGGUCUGUUCACGAAAAAAGCAUUGCAGUCCUAUCUCCCUGGCCAGGAGGAUGUAUACAAUCAGUACUUCGAGCGCUUCCUUGGAAUUACGCAAAAAGCUGGCGGCAAACCAGUGCCCUUUAUGCCCGAGUUUCGCGAAUUGAUGUGCGCCGUGUCGCUCCGCACAUUCUGCGGCUAUUAUAUUUCGGACGAGGCUGUGAAAAAGAUCUCUGAUGACUAUUACCUGAUCACAGAGGCAAUGGAGCUGGUUAACUUUCCUAUUAUUCUGCCUUUCACCAAGGCAUGGUACGGUAAGAAAGCGAGUGAUAUGGUCAUGGCCGAGUUUUGCCAGGCUAGUGCGAAGAGCAAAGUCUGUAUGGCAGCCGGCAAAGAACCCACCUGCAUUAUGGACGCGUGGGUCAAGAAUAUCCUAGCCUCAAAGCAAUGGGUCGAAGCAGAAGCCAAGGGACAGUUAGCGGAGAAUAUGGAGAAGCCAUCUCCUCUGCUACGUGAUUUCGCCGAUUGGGAGAUCGCUCAGACAGUUCUCGCAUUUUUGUUCGCCUCUCAGGAUGCUACCAGCAGCGCAGCCACCUGGCUCUUUCAAACAAUGGCACAACGCCCCGACGUGCUCGAUCGAGUCCGCGAGGAGAAUUAUAAGGUCCGCAACGGUAACGUCCGUGCUGAGGUUGACAUGGACCAGCUCGAGUCCAUGACCUAUACCCGUGCGGUCGUCAGGGAGCUUCUGCGGUACCGACCUCCCGUGAUCAUGGUGCCAUAUGUGGCCAAGAAGCCGUUCCCAAUUACCGAUUCCUACACAGUUCCCAAGGGAGCAAUGGUUAUCCCCACCACAUACCUUGCCCUCCGGGACGAGGAGGUAUACGAGAACCCUGACGAAUUCAAUCCCGAGCGUUAUUAUACCGGGGAUGCCGAGGAGAAGGGGAAGAAUAACUAUCUGGUGUUUGGAACGGGCCCACAUGUGUGCAUUGGACAGCACUAUGCGCAGCUCAAUCUGGUAUUGCUCAUCGGCAAAGCCUCGUUGCUGCUGGACUGGAAGCAUCACGCGACCCCGCUAUCGGAGGAGAUCAAGGUCUUCGCAACCAUCUUUCCUAAGGACGACUGCCCGUUAACGUUCAACGAGAGGAAGUGGUAAAGCACAGGAUGAAUAAUGGAAAAGGAGUAGGGGCGGAUGCUCACUAAGGCUCGUUUGACUCGCUUGUACAGAACUUACAAUACUUGUACACAUACAUUGAAGGCCAGCUUAAUUUCUCAGCUGCCUAGUUCCGCAAUUUCUGCUUUGCAAGAGUUUAAUUCUACUGUUUACAAACAAUCGAGAUUUAGUUGGCUUUGUCCCCCUUCUUGCCUAUAGAAACGGAUCAUCGCGCCAUGGAAGCGACUACAGAUAGACCUUCAUUCUCGCCAGUCAGUCUGCUGAAAUCUCGAUACGCGUAGUGCUUCCCAUCACAAGCAGCGAUUUAAUGUAAACCUC